GCGGCGCGCGUGCGCAGAGGGGGUGACUUUGAGGGCGGCGGAGCGGGAUGCUGAGUAGGCUUGUGGGGCCGCGUUAUGUCCAGCUGCUGCAGAACUGGACUCCCACCCUUGUUACAUGGGGUGGUGUAGCUGGGACAGGUGUAAUAUGGUUCACAGACUGGAAGCUGGUCCUUCAGUAUGUUCCCUACAUCGGAGGCAAGUACAAAAAAGAAGACUGAGCUUCCCUGCUUCCCUCUAAUGGAAAUUUACUGCUGGACUGAGCGUUUUGGAGCCAUCCUUCUGCUGAGACCUUGCCUUGAUGUGAACUUGUAACACCCAAUAGAGAUUCUGCAAUGGACUGUAAUGUUCUUUUCUCUCCCAUGAACUGUUGUGACUGCUUGAUUAUGAACAAAAUAGUCUCACCACCUGUCCAGUGCUUUUUCUGUGAUCCCUUUCACAGCAUUCUGAUGGUAAUAACUUAUAAAAAUGAAGUACAAAAUAAACUAAGUGAAUGAUA